UUUAUGUCUUCUGAGUUGGAUAUACGGAAUGUCCUAGAGGAUAUUGAUACUCUUUAUUCUUCCCAUGAUUCUAGCAAAAUUGCUUCCGUGCAAGAUAGACUACAAACAUACCAGCGAAGUGAUGAGGGAUACUUACUCGGAACCGAACUAUUAAAGAAUGGAAGCAGGAAUGUCAAAUAUUUUGGGGCUUUAACUUUAACUGUUUAUUUUAACAACCAUGAUUUACCUGAUGUAGACCUGCCCUUUAAUGCAGUAAUCUACAACGUACUAACUCUUGUCCAUGAAGGAUACGACGAGAAUUUGUUCAUUAUAAGGAAGCUAUUAAGCAAUUUGUCAUUACUUUAUAUCAAAAAUUUUGCAACAUUUACUCAAGAUCCUCUUUAUAAGUUACUUGCGAUGAUGCUAGGGAGAGAACAACCCGUCAAUGAUUUGAUUCGUGGAUUGCAAAGCAAGAAUGAAGUAGAGUUAGUUUUGUUGUUCUUGUCUAUACUUGUUGAAGAUAUCAUCAAACAAUCUACCAAUUUGCCAGAAUUACAUAAUACAAUUCAUUCCACAUUAUUUGAGCAUUAUAAGUUAAUAUACCAGUAUUUAUCAACCAUCGAAUCCUUGCCUUAUUCAACAAAAUUAUUGUCAUUGGAUUGUAUAACUUCAUUGGUGGUAUACAUAGCUACUGCUGAAGGUAAUUCAACCCAACGAUACUCCCACGAAGAUAUGGAUAUUUUCUUAUUAUAUGUUCUCAAAUAUCUCCAAGAUGAGUUGAAUAUAGAAAAUAUGGAAAUUUAUAACAAGUCAUUUACUGUAUUGGCGGAAUUUCUUGAAAAUAUCCCCCGGCUAGUCAAUACAUUUAAACAGCAUAUCUCGGAAUUAUUAUUCAAUGAAACUAAGUUUGGAAUGAAGUUUGUUGAUCUCAUUUUUACCAAUAAUGAAUUUGCAGAAUUGUACAGUCUGGAAAUUGAAAACUUUGUUAAUUUAGUCAUUGCUUAUCUUUCAAUUAAUCUUGUCUAUAUUUCCCGAAACAUAUUGAAUGAUUCAAUUUCUAAUAUUCUCAAAGUUGUCAUUAAACUUAGUGAUUUUCCUGGUGUUCCAAUUGAGGAUGAAAAAGUAAGCGAGCAAUUAAUUCCCUUUUGGCAGGAUCUUGCCGACACUUUUAUCGACGAUGCAGAUGCUAUUAGUGAUAUCAUAUUCGAUAAGGACACCCUUGAUCGAUUUAAUAAUCAAAAGAUUGCCAUAUUUCUGGAAAUAAGUCAGAUCUAUUUUAAAAAGGCACAAAUCACAAGUGCAUCGCCUGCAAAAGAAUUCUUCCAAUAUAGAACCCAAAUUGCAGAAUUGUUCAUAUUGUUUUAUUCCUUAAUCAACACCCCUAUUUAUUCAACCUUGUGUGAUAUAGUACAAUCUAAUUUACUAAUUAUCAAAACCAAUCCUGAAGCAAUGAAUGAUUUAGAAACUGGAUUAUAUCUUAUCUUUAAAAUAACUGAUGAUUUAAGGUUUUACGAUGAUGAAUUUGCCAUGAAUACGCUAGUACCACUAAUUAAUGGAUUCUUUAGUCAAGGCUUAAUUGAAUCUAUUGAAUCUAUACCAAAUUAUCACAACCAUCAAAUCAGCGUGACAUUGCUCAAUUUGCUAUCCUGUCUUCACUUUUUUUUCAAGAGUGACACAGGAAGUACAUAUCUCCCAUCAACAUUCAACUUUUUGUUUCUGAUGAUAUUGUCAGAAAAUACUAAUCCAAAACUAUCAUUAAUCUCAUCACGUACUAUACUUAAAAUAUGUCAAGAUUCAAAGGAUAAGUUGGUUUCAUUUUUACCUAAUCUAGAAUUAAUUCUUAUUGAAAUGUUAAAGAAUCCAAGAUUUGAUAAUUUAAUUAGAGAAAGAUUAACCAAUUCAUACAUAUCAAUUGCUCAGCUGAUUAAAGAUCCAAUUGAUAUUGGGAACAAGAUCUACCAAAUAUUAUUACAAAUUACUGAGCAAUAUAACGUUGUGGUCAAUACCCCAAAUAGUUUACUAACUGAUAUUGAAAUUGAUCAAUAUGAUAAAUACCUUGAGGAAUACACCACAUCUCUCUUGAGUUGUGUAUAUGAAAUUGGUAAGGCUAUGGUAAUUCCUGAAGAAUUGGAGGAUUACUUGACUCCAGAACAAAUUGGUCAGUAUAAUGCAUACUGGAAUGAAGAUCCAUUAUCUAUCAAAUCAAUGAUCUUAACCACUCUUAACCAAUUUUCUUUACAAUUUGAUCCAUUGGUGCAAAAGACAAUCAUUACCGAAAAGUGUUGCAAUAUUCUCAAAUGUGGAUUAAGUGAACCUAUCAAUGGACCGUUCAAGUUUAAUUACAGUGUGAUAUUUGAGUACCUCAUUGCCAAGAUCAAAAAAUGCAAUUUACAAUCAAUUCCAUAUAUUUAUAAACUUGUUGAAACUGUGGUGGUGACAAACAAGAAGGAGUUGACUUCUGCUGAUAUCGAGACCAUUUUAAUACCUACAUUCAGUGAUAUGUAUCAAGUAUUAGAAUCAGACGUUGAUUUAAUCAAGUCAUCAAUUGAGAUGUUCUCUACCAUACUUGAAACUACACCGGGACUUAUACUCACCAGUCAACUUUUCCAAGACAAGGUAUUGAAUUAUGCAUUGAUUGGAUUAAAGAACUAUCAUGAAACAUUUAUUAUUAAAGCCGUGGUUAAAUUUUGGACAAAUUUUGUGACCCUUAAGCGGGGUAGUCAACAGGAUCAACAAAUCAAAAAUUAUUUGUUUAUAGAGUUGCAAAUUGACGGAAUUCCAUUGGGUUACCAAUUAGUUUCACUGUUGAUGGUUGGGUUUAUUAAUGCUCCUAGAUCAGCUUUAGAAUAUUAUUAUCCUUUAUUCCGGAACUUAAUUGGGAAAUUUCCUAUGGAAUUGAAAAAUUGGGUAUUGUAUUUUCUUGAAAAUAAUAGUAAUAACGGGAAAGUGGAAUUAACCAAUACUGAAAUCCAACAAUUUGUUAGCAGAUUGAUGGUCACUAGAGGUCAAAGAGUAGCUAAUGAUUUACUCCGGGAUUACUGGUUAAAAGUUAAUAAAUUGAUUGACUAUUAAAACAAAUAGAUAAAACGAAAGCAAAAUACACACAAAUACACACGUAAACACAACUAGUUCAACAAAUUAUCCAACUGCUUACACAAGUAUUCAGCUUCAGUGCUAUAAUCGAUGAAAUCGAUACCUACAGCUUGGUAUCUAACUCUUAAUUGAUCAUUAUAAGUAUCUUGUCUUGCUCUAAGUCUGAACUGAUAUUCUUUGAAACUGAUAUCUUCAAUUCUACGAGUAAAUUCAUCUUGAUCUUCUUCUUUAAUUUUAGUUAAUUCACCAGCAUCAAUUCCAAAUAAUUUUCUAGCCUCAUUAUCAAACAAGGUAACCCAAAUUUGACCAGUUUCGUCCAAGAUGGAACAGUUAUAAAUAUAACGGUAAGUAGGCUCAGGAUAAUUGAUAUCACAACGUUCGCAUCUCCAAGUACCGUCGGUUGGUUGUUCCACUAAUUUUCUAUUACAAGGUUGACUAGGUCUUGCUUGUUGAGAACCAGCAUUGGAAGCAACAACGUUUGGACAAGCAGGAUAAGCAAAAGUGUCUGGCUUGGUAUAUGAAAUGGUUGCCUUGACAGUGAAGUAAUCUGGCUUUUCACCUUUACCCAAGUUUUCAUCUUGAGCUUGAGCAAUCAGCUUUCUGUUUUCAAUUUGGUUGGAAGAAGCACCCAGUGAUUCAACCUUUAAACUCUUAAAACUUUCAUUGAUACCUUGAUUGUCGUACCAUCCUUUUAAUUGGUAUGCUUCUGGGGAUUCUGGGUUAGGGAUAACCGAGCCUUGUUGGGUCAAAGUCAAGGAUCUUCCAUUAUAAUCUUGGACCUUACAUCCUUUGAAAGCAAUAAUUGAUCCUUGUUCGAUGUUAAACUCAACGGCAGUGUUGUUCCAUAAUCCCAUUUCAAUAGCAAACCCAGUUUCAUCGACAAUGGUGAUAUUUCUUCUGUCGAAUUCUUUACCAGUGGAUUUGGCAGUAAUUUUAAAUGGCUCAUUGACUAUUUUCAAAGCACCAAUAACAUCAACAAUGGCAUUUGACUCAAGAUCUUGGAUCUUGUUCAAUUUUACGAAAUUAAAGUGAAGUUUAGGAACAUUGGUAUUGUCAAAACAUUCUGUGAUUUCGGUAUCUUUUUCCAUGGUGAUUUCAUAAGGAUGAGUUAAAUGGUUGAACUUUUUCUUGGCAGCUGCAACUCUGGCCUUGGAGAUGUAGUAAACCUUACCUUCUUCUAACAAGUUGUAAGCUCUUUCGGCAGUUUCAUUAAAUGCAGUAGCUUUAAUUUCAUCAGACUCAUCUAGGAAGUUAACACUGAAUAAUUGACCGGUACCUUUAGCAUUGGACCACGUUCUAAGAUCACCCUUAUAAGAAACACGAGCCUUGAUGGUCCAAUUGUUUUGAUAUGGGGAUAUGGUUUCAAUUGGUGUAAUUCUAAUAGGGGCACCACUGGCACUUACUGGUGGGGCCGGUUUAGGUGCAGGAGGGGCCGGAGUAGAAGUGGUAGUUUGUGGAGUGAAUGGCGAUUCAGAACGCGUCUUGGCGACAUCAGCAUUAGGGUAGGUCUCACCCUUGGCCUUUUGGAGAGCCAAAAAGUCUUCUUCUGGGUGUUCCUUGUAAUAAGCUUCGAUUUGCUUGGCUUGAUUUUCAGUUUUUUCACCUUGACCCAAGAUUUCAACAUUUUUCAAAAUAAUAAUAUGUCUUUGGGUAAUUACGGUGGAGAAAUCAUUGACUUGAAUAUAUUGAUAUCUGGCAAAUCCGUUGUUCUUCAAAUAAGUUCCACAUGAUUCUUCAACCAAACCUUGACCACUAAACACUCCAUCAAAUAACAAAACACGGAAUGACCUGGAUCCGCCUUCAACGUGUUUGAUAUUGGUCACUUGAAGAAUAAGUGGAGUCUUGACCGUAUCCUUUGCAGUGGUGGAAAAAAUAUCCUUUAACGCAUUAGUAGUAAGUGGAGGCAAUGUCAUAUUGUCUGAGGAUUCCUUAGUGUAGUUUGCAACAGAGUGAGACAAGUAUGGAUGAAGC